AAGUCCCUCCUCAUUCAGGAAGAACUUUCCUGCUGCUCCACAGCAGCUUUCCUCUGCUUGAUCUCACUGCUUCCAGCAGAGAGGAUGGCUGCUGUCCUCCGCAGACUGCUUGUCCCCAGCUGCUCACGGUGGCGGCCCGUGGCUGUCCCACUCAAACACCGUGUGUUACACCGGGCCGGAGCGCCACUGCUGGCCGAGGGAAGCCGCUCUCCCGCGGCCUGCAGCCGCGCUGAGAGCGGCUGGCAGCACACACAGGUGGGGGGGUCCGUGGAGGUGGACCUGAAGCGAUUAGAGGGACAGGAUGAAGGUAUAGUGGAGGUGCUGAUGUGCCGACACCAAGCGAGAAACGCUCUCGGUCACGUCUUUGUGUCACAGAUGAGGGAGCUGGUGUCCACUCUGUCCAGUGACUCAGCAGUUCGUGUGGUGAUCUUUAGGAGUUUAGUACCAGGGGUCUUCUGUGCAGGUGCAGACCUGAAGGAACGAGCUCUGAUGAACAACUCCCAGUCUGAUCUGUUUGUGCACGGCCUGCGCUCCCUUAUGACUCAGAUAGCAUCAUUACCCACCCCCACCAUCGCAGCGAUGGACGGCGUCGCCCUCGGAGGCGGACUGGAGCUCGCCUUGGCCUGCGACCUGCGCACCGCCUCACACUCUGCCCAGAUGGGUCUGAUUGAGACGACGCGAGGGCUGCUCCCCGGAGCGGGGGGCAGUCAGCGGCUGCCACGGAUGGUCGGCGUUACUCUCGCCAAGGAGCUCAUAUUCACAGGUCGGCGUGUUGGGGGGCAGACUGCUCUAGAGAUGGGGCUGGUGAACAGAGCGGUGGAAGCGAACCAGACUGGAGACGCUGCUUAUAAAGAAGCUCUGGCCCUGGCCAGAGAGAUAUUGCCCCAGGCUCCUGUUGCCGUGCGUUUGGCCAAAGAGGCCAUAAAUCGAGGCGUCGAGGUUGACAUCGGGUCAGCAAUGGCCAUAGAGAGAAUGUGUUACGCCAGGGUCAUCCCCACACGGGACCGAAAGGAGGGCAUGGCUGCCUUUAUCGAGAAGAGACCCCCGCGGUACAUCGGGGAAUAAAACCUGCCCAAAGGACAGCCGCAUGAAUGAGGAUCAAAUGUUCAUAAUCUAUAGUUACCAUCGGAUGUCAAAUAAGAAUUAAUGUUAGAAGUUUGGUCCAUGUGGAGCACUAAAUG